AUGAACCCUCCUUCGGGACCCAGAGCCCAGGAGCCCAGCUGUGUGGCCACCCCAGCCUCACCCAGCAGGUGGGACAGCUCCCGGAGCAGCACCUCCAGCCCGGGCCAAGCUCUGCCCACGGCAGCCGGGGCUCGGGCUGCUGCCUGGGUCCCCUUCCCAACGGUGGAUGUUCCGGACCACGCCCACUACACCCUGGGCACAGUGAUCCUGCUGGUGGGGCUCACGGGGAUGCUGGGCAAUCUGAUGGUCAUCUAUACCUUCUGCAGGUGCCUGGUUGGCGGGACUAGGGCGUGGGCACUGACCAGAGGCCUCAGGACGCCAUCCAACAUGUUCAUUAUCAACCUCGCGGUCAGUGACUUUCUCAUGUCCUUCACGCAGGCCCCCGUCUUCUUCGCCAGCAGCCUCCAUAAGCGGUGGCUCUUCGGGGAGGCAGGCUGCGAGUUCUAUGCCUUCUGUGGGGCUGUCUUCGGCAUCACCUCCAUGGUCACCCUGAUGGCCAUCGCUCUGGACCGCUACCUGGUGAUCACGCACCCACUGGCCACCAUCGGGGUGGUGUCCAAGAGGCGGGCGGCGCUUGUCCUGGCGGGCGUCUGGCUCUAUGCCCUGGCCUGGAGUCUGCCGCCCUUCUUUGGCUGGAGCGCCUACGUACCCGAGGGGCUGCUGACGUCUUGCUCCUGGGACUACCUGAGCUUCACGCCGUCAGUGCGAGCCUACACCAUGCUGCUCUUCUGCUUUGUGUUCUUCCUCCCCCUGCUGGUCAUCAUCUACUGCUACGUCUUCAUCUUCAAGGCCAUCCGGGAGACAGGCCAGGCUCUCCAGACUUUCAGGGCCUGUGAGGGCGGUGUUAGGUCUCCUCGACAACGGCAGCGGCUACAGAGAGAGUGGAAAAUGGCCAAGAUUGAACUGCUGGUCAUCCUUCUCUUCGUGCUCUCCUGGGCCCCCUACUCCACUGUGGCCCUGAUGGGCUUUGCUGGGUACGCACAUGUCCUGACUCCCUACAUGAACACAGUGCCUGCUGUCAUCGCCAAGGCUUCUGCCAUCCACAACCCCAUCAUUUACGCCAUCACCCACCCCAAGUACAGAAUGGCCAUUGCCCAGCACCUGCCCUGCCUGGGGGUGCUGCUGGCCGUGUCGGACCAGCGCGGUGGCCCCUACGCCAGCUACCGCUCCACCCACCGCUCCACACUGAGCAGCCAGGCCUCAGACCUCAGCUGGAUCUCCGGACAGAAGCGUCAGGCGUCCCUGGGCUCGGAGAGUGAGGUGGGCUGGAUGGACACGGAGGCAGCGGCCGUGUGGGGGGCUGCCCGGCAAGUGAGCGGGCACUUCCCCUGCAGUCAGGGCCUGGAGGACAUGGAAGCCAAGGCCCCUCUCAGGCCCCAGGGGCAGGAAGCAGAGACUCCUGGGAAGACCAAGGGGCUGCUCCCCAGCCUGAACCCCAGGAUGUAGGGUGCCCAUUGGCUCCCCUUUUCUUCUGGGACACAUCCAGCCCUUCACCUCCCCCUCAGACACAUAGACCCAGGAUGAUCCCAUGAGCUUGCAGGCUUUGGAAGUGGCCCUGUCACCCAUGCUGUGCUGGAUUCAUGGCCCCACACCACAAAACUUCUGCCCUGCAAGUGCUCUCCACCCACUUCUCAUCCCAACAGACUGUCCCCCAGGCUCAGCCUCAAGUGUGGGAACCCAGGCCCUCCUGCUGCCCGGAGUCGUCUGCCUCUCCUCAAAUGCUGCGUGCUGUGAUUAUCCGGCCGUUGACAAUGGCCACAGCUCCGUGGGACACACCGGUUAAUUCUGAGCUGCCUCUGCACCCAGGCCAGGCCUUUCACUGACACAGCCAGGCCAGCACAGCAUCCCCGCAGCCAGCAUGUGAAGCCGAACACAGACCUUCAUGCGCCGGAAACUGCUGUUCCCCUCUCUCCCGCAUCCGGGCUUCCUGAGGACUGUGUCUGCCAUGGCCCACACGCUCGUGCACAGUCUCCUGUAUCAACAUACUUGCACGCACCA